GUGUACAGUUCAGAGAUCAAACAGUGUUCCUGCUUCUACUCCUAGGGAGAUGACAGAGGCACGGGACAUUUUCCCAUGACAUGAGGGUGGUUUACAGUUAGACGAUAUGACUUAGUGAAGUGUGAAGGGAUAUUGUUUAGACUGACUGUUUACAGUUGAAGUUCAACUACAGACCCCGUUCAGAAGAUUGUAGGUCGGUACGUGUUGUGUUGGGUUUCAGUGUCUCAUCUCCUCUGAUAUUAUGACUCGGUUAUUUUGAUCAUUUGAACAGACGUGAACACAUUGACUGACGACUUGUUGACGCUAAGUGAUGUCUCAAUGCCCCGAUAUUGCUGAAUCUAAGCUGACACAACCUACAUGACUUAGUGAACCAAACAAGCGUACACAACCUCACACUAGUCCCAGACAGAUCAGUCAGCUGUAUUUUCUUGUGUGCAGUUUCGACGCCUGUUUUUUCGAAUACUAGUUGUUCCAGCACCAGUACCUGGAUCUAGUUGUUCCUGUCAGCACCAGUACCUGGAUCUAGUUGUUCCUGUCAGCACCAGUACCUGGAUCUAGUUGUUCCUGUCAACACCAGUAACUGGAUCUAGUUGUUCCUGUCAACAACAGUACCUGGAUCUAGUUGUUCCUGUCAGCACCAGUACCUGGAUCUAGUUGUUCCUGUCAGCACCAGUACCUGGAUCUAGUUGUUCCUGUCAGCACCAGUACCUGGAUCUAGUUGUUCCUGUCAACACCAGUACCUGGAUCUAGUUGUUCCUGUCAGCACCAGUACCUGGGUCUAGUUGUUCCUGUCAGCACCAGUACCUGGAUCUAGUUGUUCCUGUCAGCACCAGUACCUGGAUCUAGUUGUGUCCCCCAUGAGUGACAAAACACUGAGCCAAUCACGGCGUAACUAGAGAACAUUACCAACCCCUACUCUGUAUUUUCCGCUAGCUGCCCCACCCCCACAGAAAGCACUGAGCUAGACUGGAACAGCUGUAUUUUGGAGCUGCCUUACUCAAGAACACAUGUGGCUUUAUUGACUCAAUAUUUUUUUUUAUAUUGUUUGCAAACUGAUAUAUAUGACACGUAUUUAUGCCAAAAUAACAUACAAAAAAGGCAUGUUCUUUUUUUUGUUGCUGAACAGGUGGGUCUCAAAACCUCCCAGCUGCUCUGAAUGGCUGUGGGACUCUAUUCUAUUUACUAGAAAGACCUUAAAAAUAGGACAUGUAUGUUCUCUUGUUUUCAGGAUGGAGACGUAUGAUGAGAAAACAAACACAUGUGGGAUGAUUUGUCUGAAAUAUCUACUAUUGACCUUUAACCUUCUCUUCUGGCUGGCAGGUGGAGUGGUGAUGGCGGUGGGGGUGUGGACCCUGGUAGAGAAGAGUGACUACAUCAGCCUCCUCAACUCCACCUUCUACUCUGCCUCUGCCUACAUCCUCAUAGCUGCCGGGGCUAUCGUUGUCUUCACUGGGAUCGUAGGCUGCUGUGCCACCCUCAAGGAGAUGAGGAGUCUGCUAAUAGUGUAUUUCAUCCUGCUACUCUGUAUCUUCUUGCUGGAAAUUGUAGCUGGAGUCCUGGCCUAUAUCCAGUACCAGGAGCUGGAUAAGGAGCUACAACACAACCUGAAGGAGACCAUGGUUCAGAAAUACCAGCAGUCUGGAGAGGAGAGCAUCACCAGUGCAGUGGACAAGCUGCAGCAGGAGUUUAAGUGUUGUGGUAGUAACAGCUCGUCAGACUGGUCAGACAGUGUGUGGAUCCUGACACCUAGCAACGAGAGACUGGUCCCAGACAGCUGCUGCAAGACACCCAGUCACCUCUGUGGCCGCAGAGACCACCCCUCUAAUAUCUACAAGGUGGAGGGUGGAUGUAUCACUAAGCUGGAGACGUUCAUUCUGAGCCAACUGCAGAUCCUGGGAGCAGUGGCGAUCGGGAUCGCCUUCCUCCAGCUCGUAGGGAUGAUUCUUGUUUGCUGCCUAUAUCGAAGUCUGAAGGAGGAGUCGUACUGAACAUCGCUGAUGUCACAACAACAACAGCAAGAAGACAACAACAACAACACAACAACAACAACAACAUAUUUACCAAUAUUUAGAUAUGCUUUCUCUCUGUCUCGGACGCUACAUAUGUCUCAUGUAGAUAUGUAGAAUGAAAAGUUAUUUUUUUUCAAAGACAAAAUGAACCUAUUUUGAAGUUUAGGUAAGGCAGGCAGCAGGAAACAGGCAGGCAGAAGGAAACAGGCAGACAGACAGGCAGGCAGGCAAAGAGGCAAACAGCAGACAGGAAGGAAGCAGCAGGCCAUAGUCUAUUCUGCCUUGGGUAGAUGCUGGAACAUAGUCUAUUCUGCCUUGGGUAGAUACUGGAACAUAGUCUAUUCUGCCUUGGGUAGAUGCUGGAACAUAGUCUAUUCUACCUUGGGUAGAUACUGGAACAUAGUCUAUUCUGCCUUGGGUAGAUACUGGAACAUAGUCUAUUCUGCCUUGGGUAGAUGCAGGUAGAUAGUCUAUUCUGCCUUGGGUAGAUGCUGGUAGAUAGUCUAUUCCUCCUUGGGUAGAUGCUGGUAGAUAGUCUAUUCUGCCUUGGGUAGAUGCAGGUAGAUAGUCUAUUCUGCCUUGGGUAGAUGCAGGUAGAUAGUCUAUUCUGCCUUGGGUAGAUGCUGGUAGAUUUCGACAUGUACAGUGCCUUCAGAAAGUACUGUAUUCACACCCCUUAUUCCAUAUUUUGUUGUGUUACAGCCUGAAUUCAACAUGAAUUAAAUAUAUUUUCCU